AUGACAUCUCCCGCCGAAUUUCACGGCUGGCUAGGCCACGACAACAAAGCCGCCCAAGGAAACCUAAUCUGGUCGUCUUUCAAACCGAAGUCGUUCAAUCCAAUCGAUGUCGACAUCAAGAUCUUAGCCUGUGGAAUCUGUGGUAGUGACAUUCACACGUUGCGCUCAGGCUGGGGCGCCACGCACUACCCUGCGUGUGUAGGGCACGAGAUCGUGGGCCAUGUCGUGCGAGUGGGAGACAAGGUUACAAACAUUAAGCUGGGCGAUAGAGUCGGAGUGGGAGCGCAGGCGUUCAGCUGCUUGCGGAACGAUUGCGAAGAGUGCAGUAACGGCUUGGAGCAACACUGUACCAAAAUGGUGGGGACGUAUAAUGCGAAAUACCCAGACGGCAGUUGGAGUAUGGGCGGGUAUGCAGACUACAUUCGUGUGCCCGCGCAUUUCGCCAUCAAGAUCCCCGCGAGCCUGAAGAGCGAAGACGCAGCACCAAUGAUGUGUGGCGGUAUCACAGUCUUUGCGCCGCUACGGAACAAUGGCGCAGGCCCCGGUAAGAAGGUGGGAAUCGUAGGCCUAGGAGGACUAGGACACUUUGGCAUAAUCUUUGCGAAGGCGCUCGGCUGCGAAAAGGUCGUGGCGAUUAGCAGACGGAGAAACAAGGUCGAAGACGCAAAGGCCAUGGGCGCAACCGAUUACAUAGCCACUUCCGAAGACGACAAAUGGGCCCGCAAGCACGCGCGCAGUCUUGACCUCAUCAUAUCAACUGUCUCAUCACCAGAUAUGCCCCUCGAGUCUUAUCUCCGGCUCCUUCGCACAAACGGAACCUUUAUCCAGGUCGGUGCGCCCGAGGACAAGUUACCGCCCAUCGCGGCGUUUGGCCUCAUUGGAAAAGGAUGUAAAAUCGGAGGCAGUCAGAUUGGCAGCCCGAAGGAUAUUGAAUAUAUGCUGCAUUUUGCUGCGGAGAAGGGGGUCAAGCCGUGGGUGCAGCAAAGAAGCAUGAAGGAGGCCAACAAGUGUGUAGUCGAUAUGGAAGAUGGCCAUGCGCGGUAUCGCUAUGUGCUCGUGAAUCCGGAUCAUGAGGGCAGGGCGAAGAUAUGA